UAUAUAUCAGUACUAGAUUGUUUAACUAAAUAUUACCAUAAAUAAUGUGAAAAUUUUGGUUCUAUCUAAUUUAAAAGGUAAAAGUAAUCACGAUGUGUGUAACUUUUAUAGUGAAGUACAUUUUGUUUUUUGUGAAUCUGGUGUUUGCUCUUGCCGGCGCUACUCUCGUGGGUGUGGGCGUGGCUGUACUCGUCCAAAUAUCUGAUAUCCUAGAUCAGAUCCCUGUGAACCUGAAUGCUAUUCCUAUCACGAUCAUCGUCUUUGGUUCUAUCAUAUUUGCUAUUGGAUUUUGUGGCUGUUACGGCGCUAUUAAUCAGUCAAGAUGGCUUUUAACUAUGUAUGCAGUCGUAAUGGCAGGGUUGGCUGCCGGUAAGCUAUACUUCGCGAUAAUCCUGUUCCGAGGGCUAAGCAACAUUCGGGAGACGGCUGAAGGAUGGGUCGUUGACGCAUUUAGGAACCUGGACUUGUUUCCCGCGAUUGAAUUCGCUUUCAGCUGCUGUGGCACCACUGGCCCUUCGUCCUACGACGGCAUCUACCCAGUGCUGCCGCCGACCUGCUGCCCCAACCCUUCCUCCAUCACAGAGUGCCAGGGCAACGACGCUUUCUCUGAGGGCUGCGUCAGCAGACUGGGCAGCUACUUUGAGGUGUUCGGGGACGCCAUCGCCGGUGUCCUUGUUCUAGUCAUCACUGCUGAGGUGGUGGGCAUGGCGUUCAGCGUGUUCCUAUGUUGUGCUGCAAGCAAGAAACGAUGAAAUUACGCUAUGAUUACCAAUUUACUGUUUUAAAUUUAUGUAAUUUACUCUACUAUUGACGACCUCAGUGGCGCAGUGGUGAAGUGCUUGCCCCUGAACCGGUCGGGUCAUGAUGGAAAAUGAUCUUUUUCUGAUUGGCCCGGGUCUUGGAUGUGUAUCUAUAUAUGUAUAUGUUAUAAAAUAUAGUAUCGUUGAGUUAGUAUCCCAUAACACAAAAUUGACGACGCGACGAACUUACUUUGGGGCUAGCUCAAUCUGUGCGAUUUGUCGUAAUAUAUUUAUUUAUUUAUAUUGAGAUACUAAUAAAUUCACUGAUAAUUAGAGCGCUCAGAUGAGAGAGUCUAAAUAUUGUAUCUAAUCGAUCGAAUACUAAGAAAGCCCGAAACUUCCGGUCCUAAACUAAAUCUUAGGCGAAAUAAUGCGGAUAAAAUCGCGGUUGGGUAACGGAUUAAAAUUUUGGUCAAUUAUAUUAUUAUUUAUAUUAUUAAUCAACAAGUUUUCAGUUCAUCAACUGGAUUCCCGAUUUAGUUGGACCCACAAUGACUGUUGCAUGAAGAUCUUAAAUC